AUGGAGGAGGCCGGGGUUUGCCUUAUGAAAACUCUGAACAGCGUCGAUGCCGGCUGCUUCCUUUUGACGUUAAGUCUUUCCAUUCUGCCGCUCUCUAAACCUGUGAGCGACACAGACUGGAAACCCCCGAGCAGCGUGACUGCCUGGGAAAGCGGGGAAGAGCUGAGAUGCAGCAGCCCCUUGACCACCGUGGAGACCCAGGCAGUGAAGGGGAACCGGCUCGCUGGAGCGUCCCUGGCUGGAGACAGAGAGGCUGCGGCUUGCACAGGUAAUGGCCGUAGCUGCAGGCUCAGGAAACGUGCUGCAUGUACAGUCGCAGUGAGCGUUGUACUUGUCCUUCUGGUUGUUGCUGUUGUUGCUCUGGCAGUGCUGGUACUUAAAGCACAGCCCCAGUUCAUGGCCUGGUGCCCAGACGGCUGGAUCGGAUACCAAGGGAAAUGCUACUAUUUCUCCGAGGCUGAAAAGAACUGGAACAACAGCCAGAGCAACUGCUCUGCAUUUGGUGCUUCCCUGGCUGGGAUUGACAGUGAGCAGGACCUGGCUUUCAUGAUGCGAUACAAAGGCAUCUCCGAGCACUGGAUCGGCCUCUGGAGAGAGCAGGAGGGGCAGCCCUGGAAAUGGGUGAAUGGCUCUGAUCUGAACAUCCCGCUCCCGAUAGGAGGAGGAGGGGACUGUGCGUACCUGAACGACAAGGGCGUUAGCUCUUCAAGGUGCAUCACUGAGAGAAACUGGGUCUGCAGCAAACCUGAUGCGUAUACAAGCCAGAAAAACGCGACGCAGAAGAUAAGGAGCUGACAAAGGCUCACAAUGGGCUACUAGAGAAACUGCCUCUCGCACAUCUGGUCUACAGCGGAGUUUAUAAACACAGGCUGAAGAAUAAGAUAGCAAAAUUUCCAUUGGACGCUGGAUUAUUAGGUUAAUUAAAUUGAAAAACAAGAGGAGGAACUUCGGCGGGAUCUAGCCACAUGAGAGGAAUGGGCCACCCACCGGCAAAUGAAACAGUGUGACAAAUACAGAUAGGGUCCAGCGGAGGAACAAUUGAGGAUUACUCAGCCAUCUUCAUAGCUACUAACAUCACCACAACAGCUCAGGAGAAGGAGCCGGGGUGAACUGCUCAUCCCACUGAAAUCUAUGCGCAUUUUCCCAUUCAGUUCAAGGAGGCCAGCAUCUCACCCAGGGGUGUCAUUGUUGAUCGCCCAGUGCAGACCUCGGCUGAGUGUGCAGCAGCUGACAACAAAGCAAACAAGAUGUUGGGGUAUAUAAGGAACGCACUAGGUGAUAAUACAGAAAAUGCUCUGAUGUCAUUAUAUGACUCAAAGGGACGUCCUGAUGGGGAACACCAUGUGCAGUAUGGGUCACCCAUCUCCAAAAGGACGCUGCAGAACUAGAGGAGGUUCAGACACCGGGAAGAAGAAUGAUGUUUUGACACAUUCAAACCAGAAUGUUUUGGGGUUUGAGCCAGAACGAUGGUUUCUUUUUUGAGAUUUUUAGGAACUUUUAAAUGUGAAAAAAAGUCACAAUCAAAACAUUUUGAAAUUAUCGAAACGAACGGUUUCAGUGGACCCAGAAUGAAUUUUUGGUUUGGUUUAUUGACUCUUCAUCUUGAUUUGGGAUGGGAUAAAAUUUUGAAAUCUCCCAAAGUCUCAUGGAUGGGAAAGGAGUUUCCCACCUAGCUCCACUCCAAAGCCACAUGGGCACUUUUGAAAAUCGCAUCCUCUGGGCCCAGUUGUGUAGAACGAGGCAUCUCCAAGCUCUGUCUAUACACCAGCUCAGCUGAGUUUCCAGGGUUGGCAACUCCUGCCAUUUUUUGGCACUGUAUUUGUUGCUUUUCGGCAAACCCCGGUUCUUGGAAUGAGCUGAUAUGAGAACCUCAGCUUUCUGCUGUGUAAAUUUUUUUUAAGCAAGUUUCUAGCCCACAGCAUCAUGGUGAAAAGCUUAAAAUUAUGACUCAAGUUCUCCCUCAAGACUCACAAACCAGAAGGCAAUGAAAAAGAACCCAACAUUUUUAAUACACAUUUCAUUUAAUUUCUUUCAUGAUUUUUGUACAUCUGGAGUUGGCAAUAGUGGGUCUUGGGCUCUCAUAGACCAGAAGGGAUCUCUGUGAGAAUCUCAGCUGACCUGUAUAACACAAGCCGUAGGCCUGGCCUGGAUUAAUCCCUGUUCGAACCAGAGCAGAUCUAGAAAAACAUACAAUCUUGAUAUUAAAAAUUGCCCAUUCUGGAGAAUCCACCACGACCCUUGAUAAAUUGUUCCAGUGGUUAAUUAUCCUCCCUGUUAGAAAUUUACACUUCAUUUCUAGACUAGGUUAGUCUGUCAGGUGUUUACACGUUGUAUUUAUUGCACUAUAUAGUUGUUUGAUUACAAGGUGUGAGAAGUAGGUAACUAGCUUACUAGUAUGCAAAUGUUACUGUUCAUAUCCUUUAUCUGUAGUCCUAUACAUGUCUUUGCCUCACUGUAUAUUCAUGGGUAUUUCCAUUAGUUCCCUCUUUGAAAUUAAUAUAAUUAAAUCCUGUUGUUCAAAAUGG